AUGGUUGUGAAAAUUAUCAGUUCUUUCCUGGCCCACAUAGGUCCUAACUCAGAAUAUCUAUGGGCUCGCCUUAUAUACAGUGCUUUGAGAGCGCCACUGUAUCAUCUGUACUUUGAACUGUUUUUGAUUAUGGGGAUUAUCUGGCUUCUGUUCAAACGACGAUAUCGCAUAAAUGAUGUAAUACAAUUGACAAAUGCAGAAAAACGACAGCUGAUUGAAGAGUGGACUCCAGAUGAAUUGGUGCCAAGGGAUUGGGUCCCACCGGCAAAUUUGUUGCGACAGUUUCAUCGUUAUGCUGUCAGUCCGAUUUCUAACAUUCUUUGUUAUUCUCUUGAACUCGGGAUGGUUGUGAAAAUUAUCAGUUCUUUCCUGGCCCACAUAGGUCCUAACUCAGAAUAUCUAUGGGCUCGCCUUAUAUACAGUGCUUUGAGAGCGCCACUGUAUCAUCUGUACUUUGAACUGUUUUUGAUUAUGGGGAUUAUCUGGCUUCUGUUCAAACGACGAUAUCGCAUAAAUGAUGUAAUACAAUUGACAAAUGCAGAAAAACGACAGCUGAUUGAAGAGUGGACUCCAGAUGAAUUGGUGCCAAGGGAUUGGGUCCCACCGGCAAAUUUGUUGCGACAGUUUCAUCGUUAUGCUGUCAGUCCGAUUUCUAAGUACGUCACGUUUCAUUCGGAUGAAAAUAGGAAGCAUUUGAACUUUGCUUCACUGAACUUUCUGAAUUUUGUCGGUGAUCCAGAUUUGUCAGAAGUUGCGAUUCAAAAAAUGAAACAGUACGGUGUCGGAUCUUGUGGGCCUCGAGGUUUCUAUGGCACAUUUGAUGUUCACCUGGAGUUGGAAGAGACACUGGCCAAGUUUCUUUCAGUGGAAAAGGCUGUUGUCUACUCCUUUGGAGCUGCCACGUUUUCUAGUGCUAUUCCAUCCUACGCCAAACGCACGGAUGUAAUUUUCGCCGAUGAAGGGAUUAGUCACACAGCCUACCAGGGUAUCGUUGCCUCAAGAAGUCAUGUGAAGUUCUUCCGCCAUAACGAUAUGAAGCACCUGGAGGAACUAUUAAACGCUCAAGCAGCAAAGGAUAAAAAAGAUCCAAAAAGGGCCAUGCUCACUCGGCGAUUCUUUGUUGUGGAGGGCCUGUACAUGAAUUACGGUGACAUAUGUCCUUUGCCGGAGCUGGUCGCUUUAAAAUACAAGUAUAAAGUUCGAAUUCUUUUGGACGAGACGGUUUCGUUUGGCGUACUUGGUGCAACUGGUCGCGGUGUGACCGAGUAUCACGGAGUUGAUGUUGAGGAUAUCGAUUUAAUAGCAGGCUCGCUCGAAACUGCACUUGGUGUCUGCGGUGGGUUUUGCGCCGGUACGGCCUAUGUGGUAGGACAUCAGGAGUUGUCGGGUCAAGGCUAUUGUUUCUCCGCCUCGCUUCCUCCGAUGUUAGCUUCUGCUGCAACUGAGGCUCUGAACAAACUGCAGUCAGAACAGGAAAGAGGCACUCGGAAUCGUAAACUUCUACGUUUGUCCAGGUUGGCAGAUGAACUUUUUCAUAAGGACCGUACACUGAACAAACGUUGGGAGCUCAUUGGCCAUCCGGACAGUCCCAUAAAACACUUGCGGUUGCGUAGUGGAAAUAGUCUGGCUCUGCUUGAAGAGAUCACGGAAGCAGCUUACAACUGGGAAGACAAGAACAAUAAUAAUUCAACGCCAUUGCUACUCACUGUAGCCAGACCAAACGGCCCAGGAGCAUCACCAAAAGACAUCAAACUCAAGUUUUCCCAGGGCGCUGCGGUGCGUAACCUCAUAUUCCGAGAUCCUGAAGCUGUCGGCGCUGCAUGA